CGUCUUAAUGACUUUAAAAAAUAUAUGUGGGUGGCAGUGCUAUAUACUAUAUAUUAUUAUUCUGACUUUGGGAUUGAGUCACGGACGAUGGUCGGAAAAAUCACUCGAGCUUAUGAAAGGGAGGUCAAAGAGGGUGAUGUGAAGAUGGCGAGUCCGAAGUUCGGGAUGUCAAUAUUAUUUUUCUUCCUUUGCAUCUCAUUUUGCUCUUCAACAGACCAAAGUUUCCAGCAAUGCUUUUCAUCUCAUUUACCACCUUCCAACAUAACUUAUGAUGUUAUCUUCACCCAAAACAGUUCUCAAUAUUCAUCCAUAUUGCAGUCUUCCAUACGGAACUUACGGUUUUCGAAUGCUUCGAAACCACGUUACUUGGUUACCCCUUACAACGAAGAUCAUAUCCAGGCAACCAUAAUCUGUUCCAAGGAACAUCACAUGCAUGUUAGAGUUCGAAGUGGUGGACAUGACUAUGAAGGCCUCUCUUACAUAUCUGAUGUUCCAUUUAUAGUUAUAGAUCUUUUCCAUAUCCGGUCUGUCAUGGUAGAUAUAAAAAAUGAAUAUGCAUGGGUUGGAGCUGGUGCAACUCUUGGUGAAUUAUAUUAUAGUAUUUCUGCCAAAAGUAAUGUCCAUGGAUUCCCUGCGGGGAGUUGUCCCACUGUAGGGGUGGGGGGACACAUCAGUGGAGGUGGAUUCGGUACGAUAUUCAGAAAAUACGGUUUAGCAGCCGACAAUGUUAUCGACGCCAAGAUGAUCGACGUUAAUGGAAAUGUUCUUGACAGGAAAUCAAUGGGAGAAGAUCUGUUUUGGGCCAUCAGAGGCGGUGGAGGAGCGAGCUUUGGUGUUAUUUUCUCAUGGAAACUUAAGUUGGUUCGUGUUCCUCCUACCGUAACCGUUUUUAAAACCGUAAAGUCAUUGGAACAAGGAGCAACCAAACUUGUCCAGAAGUGGCAAAACAUUGCAUAUAAGUUUCACCAUGACCUUUUCGUCCAUGCAGUUAUACAAGUUACUAAUCCGAAUUCAAACCAAAACCCAACCGUUCAAGUUUCUUUCGAUUGCUUGUUUCUUGGGACUACCGAAAGACUCCUCUCUUCCAUACAACGUAGUUUCCCCGAGCUAGGCGUAACUCAAGAAAACUGCACUGAAAUGAGUUGGAUCCAAUCCGUCCUUUACUUUGCUGGCUACUCAAUUGCAGAAUCCGCAGACGUUUUACUCAACAGGACAACACAAUCUACGCAGUCGUUCAAAGGCAAGUCCGAUUACGUAAAGGAAGCAAUCCCCAAAACGGGGCUCGAAGGACUAUUUAAAAUGGUAGUGGAGGAAGAGACAUCGGUGUUGAUAUUAACGCCUUACGGAGGAAGAAUGAAGCAAAUAAAGAGUUCGGCAACUCCAUUUCCUUAUAGAAGUGAGUAUCUAUAUGGGAUACAAUAUAUGAUUAGUUGGGAUGUAGCAGAGGAAACAGGGAAACGCAUAGGGUGGAUGAGAAGGUUGUACAAGUACAUGGAACCUUAUGUCUCAACAGCACCGAGGGCUGCAUAUUUCAAUUACAGGGAUCUUGAUUUGGGGAGGAACAGUUACCCAAAUACAAGCUAUGUGGAAUCAAGCGAAUGGGGUUUGAAAUACUUCAACCAUAAUUUCAAUAGACUGGUUCGGGUGAAGACUUUAGCUGAUCCUCACAAUUUCUUUUGGAAUGAGCAAAGUAUUCCAGUAUUAAGGUUUGAAUAAAGCAUUGAUUUGCUUUGUUUAUAUACACUUGUUUGAGGUCACAUAAAAUAUAUAUAAUGCAUGCUGUAACUGAAAAUAAUCACAUGGGACUUCUAUUAUUGUACUACAAAGUUUCACACUUAUUUGGACCCCCCUUACACUUAUUUGCUUCA